UCUCGCCGAGUUGCGACUUUUGCUACUGCGAUACCCAAAUCGAAAUGGCAGACGCAAAUCCACACAUUGCGCAAACUUUGCUGCAUCGCGCAUUUUCUCCCUCCACUGCAGAAUCACACUACCACGAGCGCGUCAUAAAGCGCCCCCUCCACAUUCGCGCAACCUCGCCUACACCGUCUGCACGCGCAGUCCGCCGCCGUGCUCUCAAUGAGCGCAAACAAGCCGCCAGGAAGCGCAGCAAGAACCAGCCCCGUCCACUAUCCGCUGCGAAGAAACGUGCACUGUGCUUGAACGAGAUACCCAAGGAACAACAGAAGUAUGCCAUCUACGACGGAUUGCACAACCUGUGGAUUGGAUACAUGAGCGAGGUGCUAGGUCUGAACGAUGCUGCGAGAAAUGUGCUUGUCACGCCAAACGCAAGUGGGCAACUGCUUGCGACCGCCGACAUGCACGGUGCGCUCGUGAGUGUGGUGAGAAGCCGGUGCGUGAGUCGCGUAGGUUUGGAGGGCAUCAUUGUCCGUGAUACGAGGUUCACAUUCGAGAUCAUCACAAAGAACAACGCCGUAAAAUCUAUACCCAAGGAACACACAAUCAUCCGGUUUGAGUUGCCGCUUCCUGUCGAAGAAGGAAAGGAGCCCGUGAAACCACUGGUCUUUGAGCUCAAUGCCGAGCAAUUCCAGACAAGAGCAGCUGAUCGCGCGAACAAGAAGUUCAGGAUGCACUACCAGGCCGACAUAUGAAGAGAGCACACGAAACCAUUUGGUGAACAUUCCGAUACAAAUCGGGAGAGGAGACUACCAACCCACGACUCCUCGGAGCCCUUCACUCGACCAACAGCAAUACCGGCCAUGGGGACACUGCAAUAUGAGCCUCGCAGGACAGCUAAGACGUAUCCUGCACCAGGAACGCAUCGUGCUGUGCGAGGUGUCCAUCGGAACGAAGAG